AUGGCUCGCCUCGACGACCCUCCAACCGCACCAGGUUCCGUCGACCCUCCACCGCGACUGAAAACCACCGCCGCCGUCGACUCGCCCGACCUCGAACCCCCCACACCGGGUCACCCUCCGCUCGGCGCCGUGUCGCCCCCCUCGACCUCGACCCCGCCGCCAGACAAGCUCACGACCAGCCCCGACGCCCUGUCCGACCUCAGCUCGCCCCCGACGAGCGCCACCUCGCCCAUCCCCCCUCUCGCGUCCCCGCCCAAACCUCGUCACCUCCCGCCGCUCGACCUCCCUGCCACCUCGUCGUCCUCGCCCGCGACUUCGCCCGGCCCGGCGAGCCCGAGCGCCGCCUCGCCGCACCACUCGCGCCCGACGAGUCGCCCACCUUCGAGCUCGAGGAGCCGCCCGCCGUCGCGCCCGCCGAGCCGCCCGCCGAGCCUCACGCGCCCGCCGAGCGUCUCGCGCCCGCCGAGCGUGACCCGCAGGCGCUCGUCGGCCUCGACGACGACGGCCGGCGCGGCGGGUGACUCGCGCAGACUGAGCGCCGCGUCGGCCGGCAACGUCCCGCCGGCGUCCCCCCGCAUCCCCGAGGACUCGGUCCUCCUCGCGUCGUCCACCUCGUCCUCGUCCGCCGCCGCCGCCGCCGACCCGGCCCCGACGCCCGCCGAGAUUGUCGCCGACGUGCCCGGCGGCCCGACGGCCGACGACAACGAGGUGCCCGUGCUCGUCAUCCGCGACUAUGCGUUCGCGCGCGACGACCCGCGGUUCGAGGGCCGGCAGCUGCCCGAGGAGGUCGAGGCCGAGCGCGAGCGCGAGAGGAGGUUUCGCGCCGAGCGCGAGGAGGGCGAGAGGCUGGGCGCGCAGGGGUUGGGAGGCGCUGCGGGCGGCGGUGGCGCGAGCGGGUCGGGCUUCCACUGGGGCUUCGUGACGUCGCACAGCAGCGACUUUCCCCAGUCGUCCGACCUGUCCGACACGUCGUCGUCGUCGGGUUCGCCACCGGGCGGCUACGCCUUUGACGACUCGGAGCUCGCCUCGUCGUCGUCUGGCGCCGCCCUCGGGCUCGCCGACGACGACGACGAUGCCGCGCUCGACGGCGAGGGCGACGGCGCGUGGACCUCGGACGGCACCGUCGACGGCGAGCUCGAGCUCGGCGAGUUUGUGCCCGGCGUGUACGCCGCCCUGUACGAGUUUGAGCCAGAGCUCGACACCGAGAUGAGGCUCGAGGCCGGCGAGAUGGUGAGCGUCUUUGAGCGACAGUGCGCUGGAUGGGUCCAAGCCGGGCGCAUCGUCGACUCGCGCCUGACGGGCGAGGUCGGCCUCGUGCCCGAGAACUACCUCGAGCUCGUCGAGCCCAACCCGCAGGUCGAGGCCGAGCCCGAGCCCGAGCCUGGCGUCGAGGAGCAGGGAGGGAAGGACGGAGCGGGGCUCGAGGUGAGGAACGGCGUCGAGGGCGAGAAGGGCUCGCUCGUCGAUGAGCAGGGCGCAAAGCCCGAGAGCGGCGCUCUCCCUCCUCCUCCUCCUCAAGCCGAGGUCGCCGCUGCCGUCGGGUCCUAGCGCAGCUCUGUCCCUCGUCUUUCGACCGAUCAUCGUCCCCUCGAGAUGCCGUCCCUCCUCUUUCCCCGUCGUGCACGUCCCUCUUCCCUCCUCUUUCUUCCUCAUCGUCGUCCCUCCUCUCGCCGUGUCGUGCCUUGUCUGUACCCUGAGCAAGCCUCUGCAACCCUGUCCUAUCGUUCCUCUCU